UUUUGAACCGCGAAGGGCGGCCGUCCGGCUUUGCUCGUCUUCUUUUGAAGAGCCAUGCGGAUGCUGCGAGGUGUCGCCGGUCCCUUCACAUGAAGCUGAUGCAGGACAGGUACGUUGAGGCUUUCUUCUUUCGCGAUCUGGAGCCAGCAAAUGGAACAACAGGUGGCCAAGAAGAAACCAACUUCUACAGAAGGCAGCACAGCCGUGACCAUCAGCAAUUCUGCAUUCCACCCACGCCACAAUAUUUAUGCCUGAGGUAGAUUUAGAUGUUGAGGGAUGAAGAUUAUAUUUUAUUGAGAUCAGUAUAGAAAUAGAUUAAGAUACUAACUCAUACCAAGUGGUAUAAUCCUCAUGCCAUCAACGUUGGACAUCACUGAUAUUAGUACAAGAAUCUGUUGUAGCUUAGUUUCGUACAAGAACAGGUCUCUAUUAUAACUACUUGUUCUACUACUGAAAAUCGAAAUAAAUUGGUACACGAACCAUGCACCACCAGAAUCAGAAACAGCACGUGUAAAAAGUAGAGUAAUUCUAAUGGAGAUUUCUGGAGCUCUGUUGAUGCCGCCAACAACAUCGGAAAUUCAUCGUGGAUAUAAUGCUGCCCCAGGUGGACAACAAUGCCAGGCGCGGCACCGCCUUGGCUAUAGUCACAUGCUAUACGACAAGCGUUUCAACCACUGCAGCCAAAACGCGCUUUUGGCGCACCGUGAAAUGUACGAGCGACGAGUGAUGGAUCGCAUGUUAUUCUCGAAACACGAAUUACAUCAUGAUCAACAUCGUCAUUAUAUUGAUAAUUUUUACAACACUGGGCAUACAACUUUCAUGGGCGUCGACGAGCAUGCCCAAGCCCAACAGCAGCAACUAGAACAUCAGAUGCCACACAUAAGGAGAAAGUUUUGCGACCUCCAUUCUCAGCCUGUCACGACGCAGCACAGUGAUGCACUACAGUUUUUAAUGUCCGAGCAGGAACGCAUCGUUUCAGUGCAGCAGCAUUCGACUGGGCGCGCUGCACCUAGUACAAGGACGAGACUACACGGACCGCUUCCAUCACCUCAUCCAUUGCAUCAUCAAUUUCUAAAACGAAGAGAAGCACCUGUGCCCCCACCGGUGUCAACGACUCCUCAACAUGCUGCGCAAGCAAUGAACGCACUCCCGCAAAUACCCGCUGCUGCGUUGCACCAGUAUCACGAUUCUGGACAUCUCGUAGUGAACCAAAAGCAUGGACAUCUGCGACCUAUGUUCAUCAACCACGCAGCAAUGAAUCCUGUGUACCAACAAGAACAACAUCCCUCGAGGGAUGUCCUUUCUAACUUGCCUGCUGUGAGUGUGACGUCGCGCGUCGAGCAACAGAAGUACAAUCAUCAGGAACGUGAAGGAAAGAGAAACGCAAUGAUAGCUUCACCAAAUUCGGAGAAUGCAACGAAAGGAACAGCUGACAACCAGAGCAGCACUCAAAAUCCUCCACCGCAAAGGUAUCUUCAUCAUUCUGUAGCGGUCAUGCAUGAUACUUACUCGUAUUUUGAUGUUUCUUUCGUUGAUUGCAAUAGCAUUUGGGACUGAGGUUUUCACAUAAACAAAUGACCAGUUCUUGCACGUCAAGUUCCUUCUCGUCGUCUACGCGAUGUCACGGAAGCUCAAGGCUAGCGUCAAAUAGUAGUAUCGGUCGCGAUGAGUCGGAAUCGAACAGUGAUCUGGUGACGAAAAUUAAGGUUCUUUUGGUCUAGCUUUGGAUUUCAUGCUCAAGGCUUUUGAUCCGAUUUAUAUGUACUAGAAGUGGAACAAUCACGAAAAGCAUCAUCUCCUCACGGAGUCUCGUUUUUCCGAAAUAUCAACUUUAAGGAAUGCACCCACAGCGAGAAGAGCAGUGACUGGGGUACGCCGGAGCUGGAAGAUGUUCUGCCGGAUUACAAUCAACAAUGCGCCUUUGCCUUUGGACCUAAGAUUAAGGCUAGUAAGUACCGACUUCAUCACUUACUUACACUUUUUAGCAUUUCAUCUUGAUAUGCGUUACGGUCUUGCAGCUUUGUUUCAUAGUCAUGGACAUGAUGAUGACCAUAGUUCUAAGAAUAUCGAUCGCUUGGCGAACCACACCGCGACGCGACCAGUCGCAGAGCGUCCUGACCGCGUUCCAUUUCCGAGUAUACCAUCGCAGUUACGAAUUGUAUUUGUCGUCGAUGGUCACAUCAUUCCUUGAUGAUCAUACUUGCUUCGUCCACAGGCUUUCGCGUCAAUGAAUAGAUCCUCGGAUUUGAUCAUUAUACACAGUUGUCGUCGGUUUUACAUGAAAAACCUCACGACAAUCAUGUUCUAAGUUGAAGCACCAAAGAAACAAGACUUACAGCUAGUGCCGGCACCUCUUCGGUUUCGGCGGUUGUUAACAUGCUCGUGUCAUCGAAAGGACCCUCACAAUUCGUGCGCAUUUCUGGUAUGUCCCCUGCGACGCUCGCUGCCGAAGUCUAUGCAUUCUUCGUGA